UCCUUCCUUGUUAAUGUCUCGCUGCUUGAAAAGGAAACCGCAAAAUUUAGUUCCCAGUGGAAACUUAAGCCAAUUCGAGCCGCGAAAAUUUGUUCCCGUAAACCUCAAAAAGUCGCCAAUCCGCAAAAUAAAAGUCCCGCUAAAAUUUCAUGCUACACGGUAAAUGAGCACAUUAAAACAAAAGCGAAGCGUUUGAAUUGCUUUUCUCUAGCAGUCACUUCCCCAGAAAUGUGCAGAGAAUUCCCUUCCGCGAAAGGAAACCGGCUCAGUCAAAAUUUGAAACAAAUUGUCGGGUUUUUGUCCAGGCCACACUUUUCGUCCCGCACCAAGGAACUACAGGAUCAUGUGACGUAUAACACUGGAGCUUGGAUGUGUCCCAAGAAGGUAACGCUAUCUCUGGACUAGAUUGUCAAAAUAGAGGUGUUAACACGUCUGCUUAAGCUUUGUUGCCUUGUGUAUGGGAUUAGAUCUUGAGGAAUUCUCACUACCUAGAUAAGGAGUUUCCCCACUUAAGUGUAGUAUUCAUUUAUGAUAAUUUAAGUAUUUCCUUCCUUGUAUCGUAUUUUCAAGUUUUCCAAAGAGUAGAUAAUGACUAGUUGAUAGGCUUACCAGCUGAGCAGCUGGCCGCGGCGAAAUAUUGAGGCCUAGGAACUAGGCAAUGAAAAGCUUAGAUCAAGUUGACAAGAUUACCCUACGGCCGCAAAGAAAACACAAGUCUAAGAAGACAUCGAGAGGCUUGCAAAGCCACUUCACUGAUGGCUGAGGCAGUGAUCAGGAGAACAAAAAGUUUUCAAGUUCCUGAGUACUUCAACUUUGCAGACGUCAUUGAUGAAUGGGCCCAGAAAGAAAAGGAAGGCAAAAGGCAAAGUAAUCAUCCCGCUCUGUGGUGGAUUGACGGUGCUGGUAGUGAAGUUAAGUGGAGCUAUCAAGAUGUUGUUUUAAACUCCAAAAAGACGGCUAACUUGCUGUGCACUGCAGUCAGCAUCAAACCAGGAGACCGCGUGAUGGUGAUACUACCCACUAUUCCCGAAUACUGGCUGAUGCAGGCUGCUUGUUUAAGAACAGGCGGCGUAUUCGUGAUAGUGGCAAACAAUAUUGGACCAAAAGAGCUUCACAGGAGAAUUUUAGGAUCAAAGCCAGUGUGUGUGGUGGUGGCCCCCUGUGAUCAGGUUAACAGUAAACUACUAGAUGUGGUCGAUCAGGUUCGUGAUGCAAUUAUACUUUCUUACCACCGUCGAGAACCUCAAAUCAAUCCCAAGCUACUGAGGUGA